CCUCCUAACCUUGAUACAUCUGGCAAGGAAAAACAGAACCGUACCAGUUUCACCCACUUUCUUCCACCAACCUCACGCAGAUCCGAAUAUUGCAGAUCCAACACAGCAAGAACGCCAGCGAAGGCAAAACGAAAAGGCAAAAGAAGCGCUCGACGCCCAUUGCAGCCGAACGAACAACGGGCGUGAAUUGUAUCAAUAUAUUCAUGGAAGGUUUGAAGUGCGUACAAAGCGCACCUGUUUAUACCCACAGAAGCCGGCAUCUGUCGCCUCUUGUUCGGACAUCUACGCUGAGAUACGUGCAGACUCCAUACAGAAACCGAGUGUGGAUGACCAUGAGCUCAAUGUCAUUUAACUCGGUUUCUGCCUCCGUUCAUUCACUGGAGGGUUCAAAAUUGAGUCACUCUGACAACACAUUGCCAUCUAAAGAAGUUCUGGACCUUUGGAGAAAUGCCGAUGCUGUAUGCUUUGAUGUGGAUAGCACUGUGUGUGUUGAUGAAGGCAUCGAUGAGCUUGCAGAGUUCUGUGGAGCUGGAAAAGCUGUUGCAGAAUGGACUGCGAGAGCAAUGGGUGGUUCAGUUCCUUUCGAGGAGGCCUUGGCUGCGAGAUUAUCUUUGUUCAAUCCUUCCUUGUCCCAAGUCCAAGAUUUCUUAAAAAGGCCCCCGAGGAUUUCUCCUGGUAUAAAUGAGUUGAUCAUGAAGCUGAAGGCCCAAAAAACAGAUGUUUAUCUCAUCUCUGGAGGAUUUCGCCAAAUGAUCAAUCCCGUUGCCUCAAUUCUUGGGAUUCCUCCUGAAAACAUUUUUGCCAAUCAACUGCUAUUUGGAAGUUCUGGGGAGUUUUUGGGGUUUGACACCAAUGAGCCUACCUCUCGAAGCGGUGGAAAGGCCACUGCAGUACAACAAAUAAGGAAGGCCCAUGGAUACAAAGCUUUAGUCAUGAUCGGGGACGGUGCAACUGAUCUCGAGGCCCGUAAGCCAGGUGGUGCGGACUUGUUUAUAUGCUAUGGAGGCGUUCAACUUCGAGAGGCUGUAGCAGCUAAAGCUGACUGGCUGGUGUUCAAUUUUAAGGAUCUGAUAAAUUCCUUGGACUAAAGUUGUUCCAUGUGAUGCAUCCGCAUUUUUCAGACCUCUUUCGAUUGUUGCGAUAAAAUGUAUAUAUUUCACAUGAGAAGAUGAUGUAGAGUGAAAGAAUAUCACUCUCUUCGACAUUCUUUCAUCAGCUCGACUUAGUGGUAGAUGUUCGUUCAAUUAAUUGGUUAUGUUGAUGCUUGCGAAAUUAGUAAGAGAUUGAGAUUGGUAUCC